UGGAUUUGUUUGUUAAAUCUAAUCAUGAUGAACAUAGCCAAAUCCGUCGCAGGCCGAUUUAUCUUAGGCUCUGGUUCUCGUCCUACUGGCCUCCCGCAAUGGCGAAUUUCAAUAUGGUCCUUCAUUGGAGCUUUCACAUGCAUCACUGUACUUGAGCUUUUAUUUUCAAGAACUCCCGCAUUCGAGAAUGCCAAUGUGCCCAUGAUUGUUGGGAGUUUUGGUGCUUCUGCCGUUUUGCUUUAUGGGUCAAUUGAAUCCCCACUUAGCCAGCCUCGCAACUGCUUCUUCGGCCAUGUCCUAUGUGCCAUCAUAGGUGUGUGCAUCACGGCAUUAUUUCAAUUAUCACCCAAUUUUGACAGCCUUCGGUGGUUGGCUGGUUCUCUCUCCAUGGCCGUCGCUCUUGUCGUCAUGCAGUAUACCGGCACAGUGCAUCCACCUGGCGGCGCUACGGCUCUCAUCGCAGCCUCGCAAAACGAUAUCGGUUGGCUCUACAUUGGCAUUGUGGCCCUCAGUGCAGCCAUCACAGUCACCAUUGCGUUGUUGAUUAAUAAUAUCGAGCGCAGAUGGCCCGUGUGCUGGUGGACGCCAAAGAAGAUCAUUAUAACCAAUAACGAUGAAACCAUCGGUCAAACCUUACCGUCCGGUGUAUCUUCCCAUGAACUCUCCCCACAAUCCUCCAUCACCAUGUCGCCCACUCAGCGUAUCGUGGUGUCUCCGUCUGAAAUUAUCCUCCCUGCUCACUUCAGCCAGGAAGACCGUGACUUCUUGAAAUCUCUCCAAGAACGGUUGGCAGAGGACAGGUCGAAUUGAUAGAUUAAACGCUUAUGGACUAGAUCAUCCUUGUGUGUAUUUUUUUUUUUUUACUGUUUGUAAUGUUCUUGUUCUACAACCCAAUGUACGUAAUUCCCCACCACCCAUUAUUAUUUUAUCUCUCACUACUCUAUAUCCUCCUAUACAAUGGAUACCUUUCCAGCAGCCACUAGAAAAUAAUAAAAAAU